UUGCAGGAGACAAAUUGUCAUUGAACUAUUGCAAAAUCUGUUUGGAAUACAAGUCCAAAUGAAAUAACAACACAUGGAAAGAAAAGAAUACAUGAAAUGAUAGCAUCUGAGAUCUUCUUCCUUUUAAUUUUUGGCCACUAGAGAUGAUAUGGAAUAGCAUUAGCUUCUUCAAAUGAGGAAAACACCACCCCCCAGUUUGCAUCAGUCUAACCAAAGAAAAAAGAAUGUUGGUCUCCAAGAUAGAGGUGCAGGCAAUGGCAAGCAUAGGCACAAUGCUGAGAACCAUACUCCUCUCACAAAUUUCAAGUCUUCUUUGAAGAAAUUUUUUACAUUUUUUUUCUCUGGGAAAAGUAAAACAGCCUCAGAAGCUCCCCAAAGUGAUGACAGAAAGAAUACACACAAAGUUAGAGGGGUACCAUAUUUCACAGAUGUAUCAUCUGAUAGUUCUAAGAAUUCAUCAAAAAGGGUGUUUUCUCAUUCCUCUGCUUCAUCUGGCAAUUCAAGUAGUCAGCUUGGAAUGGGAAACUUCACCUUUGAGGAAAUUUACAAGGCAACAGCAAAGUUCUCCCAUGAUAAGAAGAUUGGGGAAGGUGCUUUUGGAACAGUGUAUAAGGGAAAGCUUAUUGAUGGAUCCCUUGUAGCUAUAAAGCGUGCCAAGAAGGAUUUACAAAACAGGAACUUAGCUGAGUUCAAGAAUGAAAUAAACACCUUGUCAAGAAUUGAGCACAGGAACCUUGUAAGAUGGUAUGGAUAUUUGGAGCAUGGAGAUGAAAAGAUUAUUGUAGUUGAAUAUGUUAAUAAUGGAACUCUUCGGGAACAUCUAGAUGGUAUUAAGGGAGAUGGACUAGAAAUUGGUGAGCGUCUAGACAUAGCAAUUGAUGUUGCUCAUGCAAUUACUUACCUUCAUAUGUACACAGAUCAUCCAAUUAUUCAUAGGGACAUCAAAGCAUCAAAUAUCUUAAUCACUGAUAAACUACAGGCCAAAGUGGCAGACUUUGGUUUUGCUAGGUUGGGAGCAGAAGAUCCAAGUGCAACCCAUGUUUCAACUCAAAUUAAAGGAACAGCAGGCUACAUGGAUCCUGAUUAUAUGCGAACACAACAACUCUCUGAAAAGAGUGACGUUUAUUCCUUUGGGGUGUUGCUAGUUGAAAUGAUGACAGGAAGAUAUCCAGUUGAACCACAGAGACCCCUCAGUGAGAGAGUUACAAUUAAGUGGGCAAUGCAGAUGCUGAAACAAGGAGAGUCUGUGAUUGCCAUGGAUCCAAGACUGAGGAGAAAUCCAGCCUCAAACAAGGCAGUGGAGAAGGUUCUCAAGAUAGCUUUCCAAUGCCUUGCACCGUCGAGACGAUCACGGCCAUCUAUGAAGAGUUGUGCAGAGGUUCUGUGGGAUAUCCGUAAAGAUUUUAAAGAAAAAACAUCUUCUCAUCCUCCUCGUGGUUCUCACCAUUCUGCAGAUUUCCCUCGAAGAGAUGCUAGGAAGAAUAGGCAUAUGACGUUUGGUAUUGAAGAUGGUAAAGACUAUAAAUUUGUAUCUUCGUAACCAAAAUUCACAUUUGAAGUUUGUUCAUUGAUUGUUCUGAUAGUCAACACAUGUCUACCACAGCUCUUGUUUGUAUUAUGUUCAAUUGUUCAUUAUUUGAAGCUGUUAGUUUCAUGAGGUUUUUCCUUCUUCCAUUUUGAAAUUCUCAAGGUUUUAGAUUUUUUGAGAUCAAAUGGGCGAGGGUGAAUUACAAAAAAUAAUGGGAAACCUUUGAUUUUGGUGUGCACUAGUUUUGUCUUCUGUUUUGUAUUUGUCUGUAUCAUCUUUUAUAUGAUAACUUCGAAUGUUCUGUAGAGGCUAUUGUAAACGGUGAGAAUGUAAUGAUUGACUUCAAUACUGUGAUUGUAAAUUUGGAGAGUUAUGGUUUUAAUAUGGAAUUUUUAUAUUUGGUUCA